AUGGAGCCCUUCGUUCGCCUGAAGGAGGAUUCAACUAAACGUUACCGGAGCGACUGCGUUGCUUUGUGGCUGAAGAAUGGAUGUCCUGGAGGCACGUGGCUAACAGCUCCUCUCUCUCUUGCCCAGGAGCUGUUUGCGGAGUUUGGGACCCUGAAGAAGGCAGCGGUGCAUUAUGAUCGGUCUGGACGCAGUUUAGGGACAGCAGAUGUGCACUUCGAAAGAAAGGCAGAUGCUCUGAAAGCUAUGAAGCAGUACAAUGGAGUCCCCCUGGAUGGGCGCCCUAUGAACAUUCAGCUGGUUACAUCACAGAUAGACACACAGAGGAGACCAGCACAGAGUGUAAACAGAGGAGGCAUGACCAGAAACCGUGGUGGUACAGGAGGAUUUGGUGGUGGAGGUGGCAACCGGCGAGGUAACCGUGGUGGGAACCGAGGUAGAGGCAGAGGGGCUGGAAGAAGUUCCAAACAGCAGCUCUCUGCAGAAGAACUAGAUGCACAGUUGGAUGCUUAUAAUGCCAGGAUGGACACCAGUUAAAGCAGUGAGCACAUCCCCAGCAUGGAAAGGACUCCAGACAUCUCAUUCCAUGCUCUCUGGCGGGGUGUAUGACUGUGGCCACAAAUAUCAAGGACGGAAUUUGUUUUACUUUUAUGUUUUGGAAUAGGUUUUAAACUCAUGUAAAGGGUUUUUUUUUUUUUUUUAAUUCUGAAACAGACCUGUUUUGUACUGAGUUAUUUUUGGGAUAAAUUUUACUGGUUGCCUGUUGGGCCGAGGUGGUUUUUUCACCUUUGCCAUAAUAAAAUAGAAAUGUGUCUAGA